UCAUAACUUUCUUUUAAGCUUUUGGGUGUUUGUAUUUGUCAAUAAAAAUUGUUUCAUUUCAAAAUUCUCAAUCUUCUCCUUCUCCUACUGGCGGUAUGGCGGAAAUUGGAGAGUGCUCUGCUUCAAAUUCAUCCAUGGAAAACUGGGCGAAGCUAAUUCCAACUGAUAAAAUGUAUGCGGAUAUUGAGAUAAACUCUGAUGAGACGGUUAUCUUCUCGGAGACAAAAUCCACAUCUGUUGAAAAACAUGAAUGGUGCAAAAUCACAAGGAAUUCAGAUCUAAAUACUGCCACUCUGCAGAAUAGAAGUUCAAAUGCUAUCAUUGUCGAUGAGACUCUUGUUCAAAAGGAUGAAACUACUUUCAUCAAGUGUGGAAGCGAAAUUGUUUCGGGUCCAGUUCGGGAUGGGAAUUUGAGCUUUAAAUUUGAAAUGUUGUCAGAUUCAAAAUUAUGCAAAGGCUUAAAGAUUUCUGUGGAUGUUGAGCACGCAAAAUGCAGUAUUUGUUUAAACAUAUGGCAUGAUGUUGUCACAGCCGCUCCUUGCUUCCACAACUUUUGCAAUGGAUGUUUCUCGGAGUGGUUAAAAAGAUCCCAAGAGAAGCAUACAAAUGUACUUUGUCCCCAAUGUAGAGCAGUCGUGCAGUUUGUUGGAAGAAACCACUACUUGCUGAACAUUGCGGAGGAUAUAUUGCAAGCUGAUUCUUCCCUUAGACGUUCGGUUGAAGAAAUUGCUACUUUGGAUUCUUGUUCAUUAAUACAAUCAAAUCUGGUCAUUGGGUCUGUGAAAAAGCGAAACCAAAAAAGGCCUCAUUUUUUAUUGGGCCUGGAGGAGAGCGGUGGUUUAGAGCUUCCAUGCCCUCAAUGUGGUACUGAAUAUGCUGGAUUUCGCUGUAAUCCACACAUGGUUCAUCUACAAUGUCAUGAAUGUGGAGGAAUGAUGCCUUCUCGAUUUGAUACUGGGAUACCUCAACAUUGUUUAGGUUGUGAUAGAGCAUUUUGUGGUGCAUAUUGGGAAGCUCAGAGUUUACAAAGAAGUGAUAUAUACGCCACUUGCAGUCCCGAAACUUUUAAACCAAUCUCCAGACGUACAAUCUCAAGAAUUCCACAGUUGACACAUGAAAAUAAUCGGCAUGAACAGGAUAUUACGGGGAGGUGCAUUAGUCAGAUGGGUAAAACAUUGCAAGAUGUCAUCUCGGAAUGGAUUGUAAGGUUUAGCAACAGAGAAAUUGAUCGAACUCGAAUGCCUCUAAACCAUGCAGAGAUGAUAACUGCAGAGACGCCUAUUUGCCACGAGUGUUAUGAAAAAUUGGUGGGAUUUCUCCUAUAUUGGUUUCGCAUUUCAACUCCAAAAUAUCUUCUUCCAGAAGAUGCGACCGAAAGGGAAAAUUGUUGGUACGGAUAUGCAUGUCGCACUCAACACCACAACGAAGACCAUGCUCGUAAGAGAAAUCAUGUGUGUCGUCCUACACGAUCCCGAUAAUGAUUAAUGGUUACUCUUUCUAUUUCUACUUCACUUUUUAUUUCCCCCUUAAAAUUAUAUUUUUCCGAAGUUUUCAGUUAUGAGAUCUCUGAAUUAUAAGUACUCUUUUUGUCCUUAAUUGGUUACAAAUUUACAUUUUGUAUAUCUAUUUUAAAUCCUCACAACAAGUCAUGUAAUAUCAUGGAAACAAGGUACAAAGCUAUACAACAGACUUUUCUCAAUCAAA